CCACAUGCAUAUUUCAUGGAACUGGUCAUUUAUGUCGCCAGCAGGAGAGUUUCUUGGCCGAACCAAAGUGCUCAAAUGGUGAUGAGCCUGCGGGUGUCGGAGCUGCAGGUGCUGCUGGGCUACGCUGGGCGCAACAAGCACGGACGCAAGCACGAGCUGCUGACAAAGGCGCUGCACCUGCUGAAGGCCGGCUGCAGCCCCGCUGUGCACAUGAAGAUCAAAGAGCUCUACCGACGGCGUUUCCCUGCCAAAAUGGUUUCCCACUCAGAGCUGGCCAUGCCCGGGCCGCACCACCCGGCCACAGCUGGAAUGGUUGGAGGAGGCGGCGCCGCGCUGCCCGCUGGCCUGACGCAGCUGGCGUACGAGGGUCACGCCGGGCACGGUGGCGCCCCGUCGCCCGCUGCCUUACUGCCUCUCUCGCUGCUCGGUCCCGGGAAACACGAGCUGACCGGGCUGACGCACCACCUGUCCACCUCGGCCACGCUGCACCCUGUCCACCCAGAUGUCAAGCUGCAGAGGCUGCCCUUCUACGACAUGCUGGACGAGCUCAUCAAGCCGACCAGUCUAGGUGAGAGUUGGUGUAACAGCAGAGCAUCAGACAACAGCCAGCGAUUUCAGGAGACGUGUUUUGCCUUCGCAUUAACGCCACAGCAAGUCCAGCAGAUCAGCAGCUCGAUGGACAUCUCGGGGACCAAAUGUGACUUCUCAGUUCAAGUUCAGUUGCGGUUUUGCCUGUCGGAGACGAGCUGUCCUCAGGAAGACCAUUUUCCACCCAAUCUGUGCGUGAAAGUCAACGGGAAGCCAUGUAACCUGCCGGGUUAUCUUCCUCCAACCAAAAAUGGCGUGGAGCCUAAGCGGCCCAGCCGGCCCAUCAACAUUACCUCACUGGUCAGAUUGUCCACCACAGUCCCCAAUACCAUUGUGGUGUCGUGGACCGCCGAGAUCGGAAGGAGUUACUCCAUGGCAGUGUACUUGGUGAAGCAGCAGUCGUCCACAGUGCUGUUACAGAGACUACGGGCGAAAGGCAUCAGAAACCCAGACCACUCCAGAGCACUCAUCAAAGAGAAGCUGACAGCAGACCCGGACAGUGAAAUAGCCACGACCAGCCUUCGUGUGUCGCUUCUCUGCCCGCUGGGGAAGAUGCGGCUGAUGAUCCCAUGCCGGGCGCUGACAUGCUCCCACCUGCAGUGCUUUGACGCCACACUCUACAUCCAGAUGAACGAGAAGAAGCCAACCUGGGUGUGUCCUGUAUGUGAUAAGAAGGCCCCCUAUGAACAUCUCAUCAUCGACGGGCUUUUCGUGGAGAUCCUCAACAGCUGCACAGACUGUGACGAGAUCCAGUUCAAGGAGGACGGCAGCUGGGCCCCGAUGAGGUCUAAGAAGGAAGUUCAGGAGGUCUCCUCUGCCUCAUAUAACAACGGCCUGGACGCUUCAUGUCGGACGUCUGCAGGCGCAGAUCAGCGGAGCUCCUCGUCGUCCAGCCACAGCAACGGCAGCAACAGCAAGAAGGUGGAGGUGAUCGACUUGACGCUGGACAGCUCCUCGGAGGACGAAGGACAGGACUCGCCGCCCCCGCCGCCGCCGCCGCUGCCUCCUCCACCCAAAAGAGCGUGUCCCUCUAUGUCCCCGACCUCGCCGCCCGUCAUCAACAAAGGGGUGUUGAACCUGCACCACCAGGCGUCCCCUGUGAGCCGCACUCCCAGCAUGCCGGCUGUGGACACCAGCUACAUCCCUCCUGUUCCCCCGCUCAUCCAGGACUACAGACCCUACUAUCACACCCCCAACGACCUGUCAGAGUUGAACUUCUUCUCGUUUCUUCAAGGCGACAAUCAUCAGUGUGAGGACCUCUCCGAGACCUCUGGUGACUCCAGCAGCUUCUACCAGCAGCUCACUUCCGGCUGUCUUGUGUAUCUCCCACAGCAUUACAACAUGGUGAUGGCGGCGGCAGCCGCCGCUUCAGCCUCAGACGACCACGAGCUGCUGCUCAACCGCUUCCUGCCCUACAGCACCUCCUCCUCCUCCUCCUCUAGCUCCCAGCUGUUCCUCGACCAAUCGGGCGCAUCCUCAGCCUCUUCGCUGAACGUGCCCACCAACGGGGCGAGCAACUCGGGCAGCGCCAGCAGCCUGGUCUCCUCCAGCAGCCUCCGCGAUACUCACUCGUCCUCACACUCCUCACACCAUCCCGGGGUGGUGGCCAGCCGGAGCAGCACUGAAGCAGCUGUGGCAGCUAUUUACGGCGGGAUACCUGACGUUAUAUCGUUGGACUGACUCAAGGCGGGUCGAGGCUACCCUUUGGGCCCGGCUUCGAUCUAGUAAAAGACUUUUUGACUGCAGGGUAAAGUUUUGAUCCAGAAACUACACUGGCCCCAAGUCAUCAAACUCAGCCGUAAAGACAAGAGCACCAAUAUUUAGACGGUUCCCUUCACUGUACUGACCUGAGAACAGCUCUGAGUCAUCACUGAAAGGGUCGGCUGUGACAUUGUGUUGGUAAACUGACUCCAGAUCAGAAACCUGUCCAGCAUGUGAACCCUGCGGCACAAACAGCAGAGAUGCUACCUGAACAAAAACACAGCAGAGGACGGCUCUUUUUUACAAAAGCAAGGAGUGGCACCGUGUACAGAGAACAAAAUCUAUUUUCCUCUUUUACUUUUGUAUGUUAAAUCGGGACAUUUCAGUCUAGUGAGCUGCUUCGAUUGCUGUUUUUAAGUGGACGACUGGAGGUUGUUUCUCUGUUUCUCUCACAGAUGCUUAUACAUACGCCCGUCGCCAUGUGCUCAUCUUUUCUUCUCUUUUAGCUCGAUCCUGCGUUUCCAUUCUCACCUCCUCAGUAUGAGCCUCUCCCCUUUUUCUCUCUCUCUCUCUUGCUCGAGCUCACUUUUUAAAUCAUGGUGAAUUAUUUCUCUAUCCAAUGACAAGGACUUUUCAGACACUGAAUUUACAGUUUAUUCAUGUACUAAUAAUUUUCUUAUGCUUUUUAAGUUAUGUAUGAUAUUUAAACAGUUAGAAAUUAUAUAUAUAUAUAUAUAUAUAUAUAUAUAUAUAUAUAUAUAUAUAUAUAUAUAUAUAUAUAUGCAUUCCUUUUGACCUUCAGGUUAAUGCUGUGGGGAGUGUGCGGGUGGAAAUUAGCCAUUUCCAGUUUUUAAUUUUCACUCUCUGAUUUCCAACUCCUUACAAAGACUCUGCCGGCAUACAGCAUUUAGGAAAGGAGACUUUUAGACUAUUUAUAUUUGCCAAUUAAGAGUUUGGAGCUGGAAGAGUUUUGUUUUUAUUUUUCGCGCAAUGCCAAAAAUAAUAUAUGGUACCUAUGAAUUAUCCCAAUAAUCAGAGUGCAGUUGGAUCUGUGUGCCACAGUGUUCUCAGUCUGAAACUCAAACUGUGUCCUUUUGUCUCUUGUCUUCUCAGAUUUGUGCUUUUGACCGUCGGCAAGGAAUUAUUGUUAAAAAAAAAAGUCAAGCUGUUGUAGCAGCAUCGGGCCUUUUAAAGAGAUAGGCGACCUCGACAUGUGACCACGUUCAAACUAGUGCCUGUUUGUGAGCAUGCUUCACAGCGCGCUCGGGGCGGAGUUGUCAAACUCAAAAGAAUGUCUUAAAAUGGUCACACAUAAACUUUUUUCUUUUGGGAACUGCUUGUGGAAAAGCGUAGAAGAGUGAAAGCAGACAGCUUAGUGCCACCAUGAAUGAGGGGGUGUCAAAAUGCCAACUUACGCCGGGCACAGAGCCAGCUGGGUUAAAAAUACAUGAGCUGUCUGUGACUUAAAAACCCUUCGCGUUAGUCGGCGUGUGAUGUGGAAGUGUCAAAACGAGUCAGAGGUCUGGAUCUCGAUGUUGUUGCCAUUCAGCUGACGUUUGCUCAUGAAUGUAUCGUACAAUUUACAGUGGACACACUUUUGAACCUGAACCUGGAACCUGUGUGUCCUUCAAACUUUCCCAGCGUCCCCUCUGAUCAGCCUCUCCCCGAUGUUCCACCACGAUGAGAUAAUCACUUGGGACAGCCGGCCCCAUCACCUCACAUCCCCGUCCUGUUCUUCAGAAAGUGACUGGGAGACGUCCUAAAUUGACCCCCCCCCCCCUUUUUCUGACAGCCGGAACAAAUCUAAUGUAUUUCCUGUGUUGUGCAGUAUUUUAUUUAUUUUGUAUUCUUAUUUCUAUAUAUUAUAUUUUUGCAAAAGGUUUGAUUUCCGUGGGUGUGUGUGUGUGAGAGAGUCACUGUCACUCGGGAGCUGUUGUGUUAUGAUUUUAUUUAAUGUGCAUUUUAUUAUUCUUUCGAUUCUAUUAUAUCUCCGAAAAGGUACCAUUUAGUUAUUCGUCGUGGAGAUACCUGUGUGUAUCCUGGGAGCUGACACACCCUUUUUAAAAAGGGCACAACACACAUGCUUAAUUAAUGCACAAUGACUCACGAUGAUUUAGAGUACGAGUUAAUCACGGAGGUAUUAUGAAUUCCUGUUGCCUGCUAUGAAGAAACGCCUAAUGGAUCAUUAAAUAUUGAUUAACUCGCAGCUAAUUUGGUGGCGUGCUUGAAUUUUGAUGCCACCAAAUUAGCUCCGACCCCAGUCUCACAGAAAGAGGAAGUACGAAGCUGUUUCUAUCAAACUGGAAGUCGUUUGCAAAUGCUAACGUGUCGCAGCACGACCGACGGGAGAGUUGGCAGAUCACCAUCAGAUUCCUGGCUGAAUAUAAAUGCUGAGCUUAUAGCCGCGUUAGUACGGAGGCCUGGAUGUGCCAGAGUAAAAACUUAGGAAUUCAGAAAAUUAUCAAUAAUUUAAUUUAUAUGCCAUUAAAAGCACUAAAAAGUCAUAUUAAGAAUAAAUAUAGACAUUAAUUGAUUUGUAGGAUGUGACAUAAGUUGCUUGCUUUUGUAUUUAUUUACCCUUGCAAUAAUUCUCCGUGAUGUAUUAUUUUUCUUUGCAUUUCCCCCCCUAUUUAUUUCCCCAAUCGUAUUUAUUAUCUCGUCUUCUUUUUGGCUUUUCUUGAUACAGUUCUGUCAUCGAGCAGACGCGGAGCUGUCAUUCAAAGUGGUUAACUUCAAGUGUGUGUAGAUCGACUGCUGCUCUCACAUUCAGUGGCUGUCUGAGAGUCUCAGACUCACCAGAAUAUAAUACAUAAAUCAAUGAAUUUAAAGUAGAAUAAAUGAAUAGGAACAGUGGGGAAAAAGUUCACAAUAGAAAUAGGAAUUAAAACAAACGUAAAGCAUCUUUUCACUGUAUCUCACAUUUGAUAAAUUAAAGUCUACUUUAUCUUUGUUCAUUUAAUGGCACAUUCAUUUAUGUAGAGCCGUUUAUUUAGUCUUGAUUUUAGCAGUUUGAAUCCUCCCUGAGUUAGCAGCUCGCUCAGUCUGUUCACCACUGUGGUCCAAAAUAUCUCAACAACUGUUGGACAGGUCAUGAAGUGUCGUGUUUCGUCGGAGUUUUGUUUUGUUGUUGUGCCCGAAGCCUUCACUUUUCCUCCAGACCUCAACAUGUCUGAUAUCUUAUGGCGUCAUACCUGCAAAACUGUUCCCAUCUCUCUCAGUACUAAUUAGUGUUAGAGGUUAGUACAGCCUUACGCAGCUGCUAGCAUGGCUGUAGACAUUAUUCUUGUUCUGUCUUACUUCAUUACUAUAUGAAAUAAUGACAUUUGCUUAAGAUUCUUGGAUCAUUUGUCCCUGUUUAUCCACUUGCACCCUUGAUUUUGGUUGUAGUUUGCAAUGCAAAAGGCUCAGCUUCUAUCUUAUAAAUGGGACACAGAGACCACUGGCGUCACACGGCAGCAUGCAGAUGUUAACAUCCGACUCAGUCUGAUAAAACAGCUUCGUAGGCUGAUAAAAUAUAUGAGUCUGCAUUUCUCUAAAGAAAACCAUGUGUCCAAAUUUGGUGGUUUUGAAUUUCCCAGAUACUUUUGUGAGUGGAGAGAAAUCUCCUACUUCUUUAGCUAAAUAAACCAUUUAAGGACUCUGUGGGUUAGCUGCAAAUACUUGGUCACAGUGGAAAUCAGUGUUGUUUUCUUAGCUGGUGAAGGGUGGAGGUUUUGGACAUGCAUGAUUUUCAUAGAACCGGGAUCACAUAUAACAUAUCUGGUGACCAGUGAAUGAAAGUAUAACUAAUCAGACAAACCCAUAGUGAGUUUAUCAUGUCCACACAUGACACAUCGUGGCUCAUGUAUCACUCAAAAGCAUGUGUGCUUGCACCUUCAGUACAAAGUGUAGUUUGCAUAUUAAUCACCAAUAUUCAGAGACUUAAUUGGGAGAUUUAAUUGAUUUGAACGACUUCUUCUUUCCUCAUGUUUGCCACGAGACGUUGCAGCCGGUUACGAUUUCACACAUUAAGUGAGAGAGCAGAUGGCGUGAAUGUGUUUUCUGUUGAAGUGGUCUACAUGAUGAGGGGAUUUGGGGGGGUUCCCCUCAACGUGUUUCAUGCCCACAGCUCCAUCAUGUGGUCCAACAUUGUUAGUUUUCUGAGGGAGAAUCAGUUGUUGUUCAGCUGCUUUUUUUGUAAGAACUCAAGAUUCCAUGCAGGGAGAGAGAAGCUCCUCUGACUCCAUCUCGAGUUAUAGUCACAGGUGUGAACAGGCUCGCAGUGUUUUCACAGCGUUUCUGCAGCAGAUUAUGUGUUUGCUGAACUAAGGCCACUAUGAUCAGCAGUUACUCUUAGCUGUGUUUUCAAAAUCUGCACCGGCGACCUGGACUGAGCAGCUCAGCUCUUUGGCUGUUAGUGAUGAGAAAGGAACAGUUCACCCAAAACACACAUUCAGACAUUAUCUACUCACCUUCAUGCUGAUGAAAAGUCAGGUGAUGGUUCAUCGGAAAACAGUGUUAGAUCAUUGUCCUGAACAAGUGAAGGUGAUGAGGAGUUGUUCUAAAAUGUAAAAAAAACAAAAAAAACACAAAGUGGCUCCGUUCAGCUCAUCCAGCCCUCAGGGUGAGCGCCAGGCUUUAGUGGCCAAACUGUGUAAUUACAACAUCAGAAAGCCUUUCCCCCAGACGCCGACAUGAUGAGUGUCACAAGCUCUGCCAACUGACUCGUGUCACUGUGAUAAUUUGCUUAAAUUAACAUUUGGAGAGUUUAAAAGAGCCACACAGUUAAAUCAUUUCACCCUCAUUCAAGUUAGCCGCGAGCCAAACCCAAAGUCUCAUCUUCGUGCUCCACUGAGCAGCUUUUUUUGUUAGAUUCAUGAGAGUAAUCUAAUCAUUGGAAGCCAUAAAGGUCACAAAUUGAUUUAAAAAAUAAGUUUUUAAUGGCAUGGACAUUUGGUCAGACUUGUGCACCCUCUUCAGAUUGGGCACACUUUUAGCUUAGCAGCUCUGAGACAAGGUUUAAAUAAAGUCUUUUAAAUCAGUUUGGGAUCUCAGGGCUCCUGCAGACUUUGAUCACACUGGACGAGCUGAAUGGAGCCAUUUUAUGUUUUUCUCAGUUUUUUAUUUUUUAUUUAGAGUCCACAUCUCCUUCACUUCUUUAGGAGAAUACUGCAACUUUUUUUUUUUUCCUGUGACGCUCCAGAAAUGUUAUGUUGAUUAUGAAACUUCACCAGACUUUCCAUCAGUACGUGGUCAGCAGAUAAUGUCUGAACUUUUUUAGCUUAACUGGUUUGUUUUGCUCAGAUUGACACUAGCGAACCAACUCAUGAAUGACUCAUUUGGUUCUGUAUUUUUUUUGAACACAGCUCUGUGUGGGUUUGUGCUCAUGAACGACUCGUUCUUCGGCCCGGUGGCUGUUUGCAAAACGAAGAAGCUGACCCAGAAGUUAACGUGGCUCUUAAUGCACAACUGCACCGUGCAGAAGCAGGAUUUGGGAUUCACUGCUGCUCACAAAUCGAUUUAACUCGUUCAAAAAGAACGAUUCGCACACAAAUCUAACAUCAUCACCAGUUGUCAUGAUGUCUCAAAAGGGAAAAGUCAGCAGUGUGUAUAUUAUGUCUGUAUGGAAGACUGAACCUUCAGAUCCAAACGUGGGUGUUUGAUGUCCGUUUGUAUGCUUUUUGUGUGUCACUUCAGAGCGAGAGAAUAAAUUAAUUUAUAUAUUUUUUAGAAAAUGAAAGCUGUACUAUUAUUAAAAAAAUAUAUAAAAAGGACUGUGGCCAAUAAAGAGUCUUACACAACUGAAAUAAUCUCCAAGUCAGACUCAAGUCGACGUGUGCACUCACUGCCUUAAAACAUUCACAGGUUCUGUUUCACAGCUCCGACCCGAGAAAAAUCAUAAAAAGGCUUUUCAAGGAGGGCGAGGAGAGGACGGUGUACAGUAAACCCCUGUCAGUUUGUACAAAUAUACUAAGUGAAAAAAAAUAUUUAUUACCUGCAUUGGAAGAAAUUGUUUACUUAUUGAAUGUUACCUGUUUAUGUAGAAAAGUUUAGAUGUAAUAAAAUGCAUUCUGUUACA